AUGUCAGACGACGAUGCUGAACGUCCAUUAAAACGCCAUAAACCGCAACAUGAGCAUCAAGAAACGAACGUGACCGAGAUAGAGCGCUCUCCUGACUUCUGGUUCGACGACGGCAACAUCGUAUUGCAAGCUGGACCGACUCAAUUUCGAGUGGCCAAGAGCAUGCUCUCGAGACAUUCCUCAGUGUUUCGAGACAUGUUUUCACUCCCGAACCCAACUUCUGAGUCGACCGUGGAAGGCUGUCCUGUUGUUGUGCUGGCAGGAGAUACGAAUACGGACUGGAAACAUCUGCUCGCGGUGAUGUACCCAGCAAUAUGUUACGACUUAACCAAGCCCAAUAUAAUGACAGUCAUAUCGGUUCUGCGUCUCAGCAAAAAGUAUGACCUGCCUGCGUUCCGCAAGGAAUCCAUUCGCCGACUGAGAGGAGACCUCCCGUCGAAAUUGGAAGACUUCAGAAAGUUGCCAGUGGCUGGCUGGUUGUAUCUCGGAGAAGUCUCGGAUGUGCAGCUGUCUCGCACCAUUGCACUGGCAAAGGAGUUGUGUCUGUGGUCGAUCCUUCCAGCGGCCUUCUACGGACUCAUUGAAAGCAUUUUCAAUCACGAUGGAAGUUAUCGCCCCGUAGGGCUCAGCCUGGCUGAUGAAAUUUCCCUUCUCAAAGGCUACGCAAGACUGACGCGGUUGAACACCGAAGCCCCGAACCGCGCAUGGCUGGAAGCAGAAAGCCCCUGCGUGCCCUGUGACGACUGUCUCUUCAGGACGUUAUGUCGUUCUCGAUGUGCAUCACUGCGGAGCACUCUCCAAGCGCAGCAGGCGGGACCUGGGGCGGUUUUUAGUGGAUGGGACGAGAACUGGUCAGAUGAGUUUUGUGGUCCUUGUAUAAAGGCGGCAAAGGAGGCGUACAACGAUAAGCAGCUGGAGAUUUGGAAGCAGCUGCCUUCUUUCUUUGGGCUUCCUGAUUGGGAGGAGUUGCGAAAGAUGGACCUGGACGCCGGGGAGUGA